GUCGGGCGGCGUGGCGAGACGGUCACAGUCCAAUGCGGUGCUGUGCAGUGCAGUGCAGUGAGUCGACAGUCAGUCAGUGUCGAGGAUUCGUGGCUGGUGGAUGGAUGUGCGUUUCGUUGCGUCGCGUUUUGUUGAGUGUUGAGUGCGGGUGACAUCAGCUUCAUCUCAGUUGAUCGAGAAUCAGGCCGGUAUCUCUAGAAAUGGUCAAAAUAGGCACUUGAUGAAGUGAGGUAUUGACGAACUGAGUUGAGUGUCGGGGGGCCAAUGUGCGUGUGGACAUGUGCCGUUGCCAACAACUAGCCGCCUCCGCAUCCGCCUCCAGGAUGCAUAGCAGUAGCAGCACUCUGCCCCCGAAGGGCGGCGUGGGCCGCUGCACCUACUACCCGGGGGGCGGCGCUGGGCCCCACCUCCGCUGGCAGACCUGGACGACUGCCGCCUUCCAGCAGUUACGGCCAAUUCCGCCGCCGCCUCCGCCCAUCGUGCAUGGUGGCAGGGUUCCUGCCUCUUCGAAGGUGGAUCCUGAGCUGAUCUUCACUAAACAAGAGAGAAUUGGCAAGGGCUCGUUCGGAGAGGUGUUCAAGGGAAUCGACAACCGCAGUCAGCAAGUCGUUGCCAUAAAGAUCAUCGAUUUGGAAGAGGCUGAAGAUGAAAUCGAAGACAUUCAACAGGAGAUCAUGGUGCUCUCGCAAUGUGAUAGUCCUUUCGUUACUAAAUACUUCGGCUCCUACCUUAAGGGAACGAAAUUAUGGAUCAUUAUGGAGUACCUGGGUGGGGGCUCUGCCCUUGACUUGAUGAAAGCUGGAAACUUUGAAGAGAUGCACAUAGCUAUAAUAUUGAGAGAAGUACUAAAAGGCCUAGACUACCUCCAUAGUGAACGAAAACUACAUAGGGAUAUAAAAGCGGCGAACGUUUUACUUAGUGAGAUAGGUGAUGUUAAAUUGGCGGAUUUUGGUGUUGCCGGUCAGUUGACGAAUACUACCAGUAAACGCAACACGUUCGUCGGCACUCCGUUCUGGAUGGCUCCUGAAGUCAUCAAACAAUCGGCCUAUGACUCAAAGGCUGAUAUCUGGUCGCUGGGCAUAACCGCAAUAGAACUGGCAAAAGGCGAGCCUCCCAACUCGGAGCUGCACCCGAUGCGAGUUCUCUUCCUCAUACCGAAAAACAAUCCUCCACAGCUGACUGGCAAUUACACUAAACAGUUCAAGGAAUUUGUUGAAGCGUGUCUCAACAAAGAUCCAGAAAAUAGGCCAACAGCAAAAGAAUUGCUCAAAUUUCCAUUCAUUAGAAAGGCAAAAAAGAGUUCUUAUCUAAUUGAUUUAAUAGACAGGUAUAAAAAAUGGAAAUCACAGCGAAGUGGGGAAAGUGAAACAGAAUCGGAAAAUUCUGACUCGGAAGAAUCAGGCAAACCAGAUAGCGACCUGGAUGAGCCGUGGGUGAUGACUGUGAAGGGGCCUCAUUCGAUAAAGCCGCCUCCAGUUGAGGAGACAAAUGCCGUCAACAAGAAGGUCCACAACGGCUCUGGACCCCUUCAGAGUAAACCUGUCAACCAUAAAGACUCCAACCUCAACCAUUAUAGACCCGAUAAGAAUAUACCACAGCCUCGCCCACACUCGGCGGCGCCCGCACCGCCGUCACCCGCAGCCGCCGACAAGCGGUCGUCGUCCAAGGAUGUCACCAUCGAGCACAGUCAUAGUCACAGUCACAGUCACAGCAACAGUCACAGUCACAGUCACAGCAACGACAAGAAGCCGAGGCCGAGGUCCGACUCCAAUUCCAACUCCUCCACCAAGGUGACGUCGCAGUCCUCCCGGUCGCCGUGUCUCUCAGUGCUCAUCUAUCCUCUCAUUUCAGACUUGCAAAGGAGGCACCAAUAUUCAGGCAGGGCUUCGGAGUCAUCACAUAAGACAGAUGCCAUAGAAGAGUUGAAGAAUGCGUUCGAAAUAGCUGAGAGAUCCAGCCCUGGCAUAAGCGACCAGUUUGUACGCGAAAUCAUUCAGAAGCUCCUACCAACGCUUCCCGACGUUAGGCUCAAAAGUGUUAUGGAUAAAAUGACCAGGGAAGCAUCGUAGUUUGGAAUGACGUUUGGAGCUAAGUCUUCUUGUCUUCUUUUCAUUGGACAAUAUUAUUAAAAUAUAUUCAAAGAUAUGAAACUAGAUAGUACUUUAUAGAGAAUUGGCUCAUGUGAAUCGGUUAUAGGCAGUCAUUUGUAAAAGUUUUGUUGUUAGAAAUCUAAUUUCGCUGAAGAAAUUGUUUCUUUUUCUUUCUAUUAGCGCACCUCAUUUAGGUGAUUAUAAUAAUAUUAAAUAUGAUAAAUAUAAUUUUUGUUCGAAAAACAUUUAUUAUUUUGAAAUAGUUGCAUUGAUUGACCCAUCGAGAAGUGAAUGAUUAACAUAAUUCAUAAAUCGCAAUAACAUUUUUUUCAAGACCGGAAACUGUCUUCUCUCAUACAAAAUUUAUGAGAGUCAUCAGUGUCAUUUUAAUUAAAAAAAGUUGUAUUAGCUUAAUUUGAAAUACUGUAUUCCUUCCAACAUUAGCCCCCAUAAAAUCAUGAGAUCUAAAAUCAGCUCCGUUAUUAUAUAACAGUGAUUUAAAUUCUUACUCGAUAAUCUUCAAUUUCCCCCGUUAACUAAUGAAAAUAAUCACUGAGAAGUAUCCGCCUUCUAGGUGAAUUUUGCCACACAUCAGAAUCAGUGGCAGUAUGUCACCUGUUCAGUGUAAUUAUUAUUCUCGUGAGUUUCAAUAGACUAUUCAUACUUGCUCAGUGGUGCUAAGUGGUAAUUGUACCAUUAGAACUUAUGGGGAUAAUAUCUUCACUGUACCGGACAUCUUCACUGAUACUGAUACGUGGGAAUCCAGAUUUAUUCUACAUGGAACAACAUCGUUCACACAGUGAAUAAUCCUAAAUUCCAUCUCUCCUCUCUUCAAAUACGUUUUUACAAUAUAAAUUGUUCCCUCUAUACUUCAAUCUCCAGUUAAGAUUGAAUAACAAUACCUUAACAUUCGUAAUAAACUUUACUGAUAACUUGAGAAGUCAAUUUUUGGAUGUAAAGGGUAUAAUAAUUUUGUAGUACAUAAGUAUGUAUUUAUAAAUAUGUACAUAGAUACUGUUGUUUAGGCUAGAAUUUCGGUUAGUUAUUGAAUUAUUUCAGUUUGAAAUUUGGAUAUCUCGCGUCAUCAGAAUUUUCAGAGUUCCGUACUGAUUGGAAGAUAAUAAUAAUAUGAUAUUAAACCUAUUAUUACGUUGAUAAUUGAAAUAUUUUUUUCAUCUUUUUUAGCUACUGUACUUGGAUAGGAUUGUUAUGUGCUACUGAACAUCUUCCUCUAAGCUAUCAAAUUAUUUAAACCAUAGCUGCUGUUUCAAUAAAUGCAUAAAGUAUAAAACUGGCAACCAGCUAGUAGGCCUAGGCCCUUGUAGGGCUGUCAACACAUUCGAAUAUAUCUUUAUAAUAUCAAUGAUUCUCAUCAAACACACUUACUAUUUCGAAUAUGUCUUAACCUAAAAAGUAUGAAUCGUAAAAAAUUGCUAACUACUAUAGAAUUUUAGUUGAUGAAAUAUAGUAGAAAACAAAACUAAACCGCAUGUAAGAUUUUUAACAAACAAAUCUCAACAAAAUACUUAUUAUUAUACACUAGAUUGUUUACUUAGUAAAGGCCUUCAAAAUAACGUAUUAUCGAUGAAAAGAUAUUCUGCAUGAAUUAAAUUAUCAGAACAUAUCCAUAAAGUAACCUAGCCUACUACAUAGCAGAUCGUUCGUUAACCUUAUUAACUUGAGACACUAAUAUUAAAGAAAAACUAUUGAUAUUUGUGAGAAGUUCUACUCUACUUGCCGCUUUUACCUUCAGAUAGUCAAUCAGGUUUUUAGCAAUGUAGCAAAUCAACAAGUUGAUCUUAUUGUUGGUGAACAUUAAUUAUUCUGAGAUGAAAGUUUUUAUUCAGUAGUUAUUCUUCAAUAUCUGAAUAGUUUUUGUCCAUAAAAUGAGAAGACAUGAAGCUAGUUCUCUUCUACUUGAAUGAAGAUCCAAUAUAUUCCGCUAUCACUACUGAAAAAUUAACAGAAAUAUCUAUUCCAGUUAUUUUCCAGUUUUCGGCUCGUAUUGUGCUAUGUUUAAUGUUGAAUGUUUCAAGUGGGACAAUUAGCGUCAUCAAUACCAAUCAUUCUAUCGGAUAAAGUUUAAUCGCUAUUGUAAGAAUUUUAAAGAUUAUUUACUUCCAAAUGACAUAGACAAUACAUGAAAUAUUAUUAUAAUAUUCUAAACAAAAUGUUUUUGUGUCAUAUUUCUAAUGAAUUGGCUACUCUUCGUUCAAAUUUAAUUUAAAACUUGUUAAUUGAUAAUCCUUUCCAAUGUUGUAUUCAAGACUUGAUAUUAAUUUGUGAAAUCCAUUAUUUUCUCAGGAAAUGGAUCAAUCAAAUUUGGAAAACAUUCAGAAUAAAAUAAUAAUUGUUUUCGUCAAAUUAUAAAAAUACACGAAAUAGGACAAGGACAGACAUGUAGCUAAUAUCAUUUUGAAUUCAAGAUUAGUUUCUCACGCUCCUUCCUCUCUUUACAUGAAUAAAAACACAAACUGUGUCCUUAGUAGCGUUACAUAGUAUUUAACGGGUUAUCAAUAAGCCUAUAACAUCAAUCAUCCAUUUCAGAAUAACUUUAUUGAAGCGUACGUAGUUAACGUGAAGAAUUUGAGCUUUGAGUGCUAAGGUAAACAGCACUCUUGUCGAUCUGUUGACUACAAUUGAGCAUAAAAAUUAGAAGUAAAUUAGCCCUGUAUGUACGUAUAAAAAAGAUAUUGAAAUGAACCUCCUAUUCGACAUAAGAUGAGAGAAAGUCACUAUCAAACUAUGUAUCUUUUUCACUCCAAUGUAUUGUUAUGUAAGAUGAUUAUGCUAAUUCUGUAUACCUCAGUUGAUAUGCCGAUGAUGAAUGUAUUGUACUUUGAAUAGAUGAUGAAACAUUCUGCUGUCAUAUGAAAUUGUGGGAUAUUUGUGCAUAAUUAGAUUUAUUAAAAUCUAUUAUUUUCAAAGGGAUGGCUUCUGAUGCCAAAAUUCUAAACGUAUCUGCUUUUCUUAAGGUGCUUACAGAUAUACGCGCCGCAACCGCGAACAUGAGCAAUUAAUGGCCUUUUAAUCAGCCGAUGCCAAGCUUUUUAUAUCUGUAUCUUACCGUAUCUGUAAAAAUGCAGAUAUAGUCAGCUGAUUAUAAGUGAAUUGCUCAUGUUCGCGGCGCGUAUAUCUGUACGCACCUUAAGGAGUGGUGUUUCCUCUAUGGUUAAUUCAUCCUGCUUCAUUCACAUUAAUUUGAUUUGCUUCAAAUUCAUUGCUAUUGGCUUGGUUUUAACUCAGCUACUAUUCAAAACUUUGUUCCAUCACAUAUAUCUUGGUUACUUUUGUUGGAAUGUUGUUGGUUAGUUUAUAUUGCUCUGUACUGGCAUUACGAAUGAUUCUGAUAUUGAGAAUAUGAUAUUGAGACUGUGAGUCACAGUCAUUGACUCGUUAUGUUUUUGUAAAUAGAUGUAAAUGAGCUGUUGAAAUUAUUUUAAUGGAGUGUGUCCACAUAUUGUUUUGUUCUCAUAUAAUUAAUUACAUGGAGAUAAUAUUAUGUAUUUUUUUAAGCGCUGUAAAUAAUUGUAUCGAUAAAUUAUUGUAAAGAAGACGCUGAAAAAUGAUGAGCUACAAUAUUUUUAUCUCUGAUUUGGGAAUGAAGUUGUCGUCAGUAGUGCUAUAGCUGUGGCCAUCCUAUGAAUGAGCUUUGCUUAGUACAUUAAUUCGGUGAUAAGAAAAGAAUGAAAUGUGACAAAGUUUGUUUUCUUCCAAGAUGACAAUUAUUAAAUACUGAAGUUUUCUCUUAUCGAAAUUCAAUAAUUUCAUUCAGAGUGACCUGGGUGUAAGUCAAGUACAAAAUUGUAGGAUAUUUUUAUUUCUUCAAUUUUAAUUCUUUCAAUUCAUUUAUUUUUAACUUUAAUAAUCUUAGAUUUUAACCUUUAUUUCAUCAUAUUUGUAAAUUCUAUUAAUUAUCACAGUAUUAGUUAUUCUUUUCUUAUUUUAUCUUGCUCGUCUGAGAGCAGUCUUAUUUUAAAUUUUGUUUGUUUUUUGCUGACUGUAUAUAGCAGCGCGGAUAACCUUUGGUUAACAUUUUUAUGUUAUGUAGUAUUUAUCGGUUCAAUUAUUAUUGAUAUUAUUAUUAUAUAUUAUUAUUAUUACUGUUACAAUUGUAAUUAUGAAAUCAGUUUUCAGUCAUGAGAGUGAUAAAUUAUUGUAAUUGGAAAAAGUAAUGCCAUCAGUGAAAUUAGUUAAGUUGAAAACAGUGCAUCAUGUUUCUAAUGAAAAUAAACUGUUAUUUUAAUUA